AUGAAAAAUAAUGAAUAAAGUAGCUUUGAUAAUGUUGCACAAAAAACAAGUCCAGAAAAUGAAACUGUUAUUGAACUAGAAUUUCAAUAAACUCAAUCAGAAACUUAAUUAGAUUAGAUUUUGGAAGAGUAAAGGUUUAAAGAGAAGUUAAAAUAAUGCGAAUAAAAAAGAAUAGAGAAAUUGUAGAGGUAUUUGAUUAAUAACAUAAAAAAAUAAUUUUAGAAUACCUUAAGAAUUUUAGGAUAGACUUCCUACAAUAAGAGAAAUAAUUGAUAUUUCAAACUCGUAAUUGUAUGAAAUACAUAAUUUGCAAGAAUAAACGGAAUAAUGUAAGUCUUUAGUUUAGAAUAAUGAUCAAAGAUUGAAAAAACUAAAAUCAAGAACCUAAGAUUAGAGUAAAUUUGAAUAAUAACUAAUUUAUUAUUCUAGUGUAAACAUUUCUGAAUAUUUUAAUGAUAAAUCAAUUGAUUGUAGAUGGAAACUAUUGUUUACAUAUUAUAUAAUAAUUAUUGGUACUAAUAUCACUUUAAAUCUGAUUGAAUUAAUUAGAUAUUAAUAAAGCUUUUGUAAACUAUACGGAUUAGAUCACUCGCUCAUUUAUAUUAAUUAAAUAGCUUACAUAGCAUGCAAAGUUGGAAUCUUAAAUAUAAUAUAUUAAGAAUUCACUAAUACUUUACCAAUCAAAGUCAAAGUUCCCUUAUUAAAUACGGUUGUAUUUAGUUGUAUAUUUCCAAUUUUAUCAAUGCCUCUUUAUAUCUUUGAUUUUGUAUAAUGUGAAUAUAGAAUCAAAAUAUUUACUCUUGAUUAAAGUCUCAAGAUUUUAAAUCUUAUAGAUUGGCUUAUCUUAUCAAUUUUAAUCUUAAUAAUAGUUAUUUAAACUUGUUGUAAGAUUUAGAUUUCGAGUUAAGCCAUAUAAAAAGUCAUGUAAUAAAUUCAAUCUAUUAUUUAGGAAAUAUAUGACGAUAGCCUAUUAUAUUUCAUUGAUUAUUGUUCAUUGCAUUUCAAUAAUUAUGGUUAUAGGAUAAUCUUUUGAUAAUAUUAUGCCUGCCAUGAUAAUGGAGAAUUAUUACUUUUUAUUUUCUGUUAUUUUAAUGUGUUACUUGUCAAUAUAAAAAUACAUCUUUCAUAAAAUUCCGUUUUAAAAGAAUUCUUAAACUUUAGAAAAUGAUAGACCUUAUAGAUCUUUAAAAUCAUGA